CUGCAAAACUUGAUUAACAAUUGACGGCGCCGGGGGGGUAUAGCCCUAUCUUAACAUGUGACUGCAUACCAAUGUGUACACAGACAUGGUGACUAAUGUAUGACAGUAAGCAUUAUUGGUCCUUAACACUAAUAUUCAGAAAAAACACUCUCAAAAGGCUAUUGGCUUAAGCAACACCAGUAGAGGCAUAUACUUUUCCCUGAACUUUUAAACGUUGCAAACGUGGAAAAACAGAAUUAUAUGUGGCAUUCAGUCCAAUGCUUAAAAUAUAUCUGUUGCAUUCAGUAGGCCAAUGCUGUGGUAAAGUGUGUAAAGUAUGACCAAGUGUUUCUUUCUGCUCAAUAGAUAGAACUUUAUCAAUCCCCUGUAGGAGAAAUGUGUUAAUGUUUGUCCCUAUAAAACAAUAAUGGUAAAAAAAUAAAUACAAAACAUGACAGUAACUAAGUAGGUCAAACCGUCCAAUCUGAAGGCUCUACUUAACCACUCCCCCUACUCACUUCCACCAAUGCAAAGCGACCAGAACUGAGUAGGGGAGGGCGUAGGGCGGCUAACUAGUUUGUGAACGACCCAGAGAAACGCAACGCAAAUUCAAUGUAAACAUGUAUGAGGCUUUAAUAAAAUCCCGGACGAUUUUGAAAUUCCGCCACACAUCUUUUUAAAAGUGUCUCAAAAAGAGUGCAUGUCCGGGCAAAAGAGGACGUCUGGUUACUCUACGUACGGGAAACCCAUUUGAUUCCUACCUGCUGUUCCAUUGUUAAAUAGCGGCGCAAAUUGGAUCCAGCUGAAGCGCUCCAACAUCUUGAAGAUGGCCUUCACUCCGGAGCCGGGUGCCCCCGGGGAGACCUUUCUGCUCCGGUCCAUGAAGAUAGCGGCCGUGGUGUCCUCCUACUGGUUCAUCUCGAUCACUAUGGUGUUCCUCAACAACCACCUGCUGGAUAACAAAGACCUGGACGCCCCGCUGUUCAUCACCUUCUACCAGUGCCUGGUGACGGUGGGGCUGUGUCUGCUCCUGCAGCUCCUGUCAAGCAGAUGUCCGACUCUCAUCGACUUCCCUUCCUUCAAGUUCGACCUGAAGACCUCCCGGGAGGUGCUGCCGUUGUCUAUCGUUUUCAUAAGCAUGAUCACCUUCAACAACCUGUGUCUGAAGAACCUGGGAGUGGCCUUCUACACGGUGGGCCGGUCCCUUAGCACCGUGUUCAACGUGCUGCUGUCCUACCUCAUCCUGAAGCAGACCACCUCCGUCAGGGCCCUGCUGUGCUGCGGGGUCAUCCUGGGGGGCUUCUGGCUGGGGGUGGACCAGGAGGGUCUGGGGGGGUCUCUCUCCUGGACGGGGGUCUUCUUUGGGGUCCUGGCCAGCGCCUGCGUAUCUCUGAACGCCAUCUACACCAAGAAGGUGAUGGCCGCGGUGGAGGGCAACAUCUGGAAGCUGUCCUUCUACAACAACGUCAACGCCUGCGUGCUCUUCGUGCCGCUGGUGCUGGUGUUCGGCGAGCUGGGCCACCUGGCGCGCUUCAGCCGGCUGCUGGAGCCCUCCUUCUGGGCCAUGAUGACGCUGGGCGGCGUCUUCGGCUUCGCCAUCGGCUACGUCACAGGCCUGCAGAUCAAGUACACCAGCCCGCUGACCCACAACGUGUCGGGCACGGCCAAGGCCUGCGCCCAGACGCUGAUCGCCGUGGUGUACUACCACUCCUCCAAAGGCCUGCUGUGGUGGACCUCCAACCUCAUGGUGCUGGGGGGGUCCUCGGCCUACACCUGGGUGAAGAGCCUGGAGAUGAAGAAGGUGCAGCAGGUUCCCAAGGACGGGGACAAGGAGAAGCUGCUGCCCCUGGGAGGGGCCGAAAGCAGCAGCGCUGUGUAG